GGGUCAUCGAGUUGUACAAUGAUCGCGAUUCUAUUGGCCUAUCUACUAGCUGAGGACUGGUACUUGAUUUUUCUGUGAGUGGGCGUCCAAAAAUUGUCCAUCGCGUACCUGCAACUGUACAAGAAAGUUAUUGUGACAAAUGUUACGCGCUGGCUGUUUUGAGUUUGUUUCAUGACACAACUUGUUAACGUUAAAGGGUUCAUUUGCUCUUUCCCAUGAAGCAAUAGCAAUCUUCAUGAUUUCCUAGUCACCCGAAACCAUGGAACCCUUUAAGCUCGCAAAAUUCUGUGUCUUAGUGUUAUUGACUUGGGAAUCCUCAGCAAGAAAGGUUACAGAACAAAGUGACAAAAAACAUCUUGUCACCAUGGUUCACCCAAAACCACACCAAGCAGGUAAGGACAGUAAUUUAUUUCUGCUAGGACACUGUUAUGGCAUCACGCCAAUUCAAAGGUUUGUGUAACAGCGGUAAGACGGAUGUUACUGCAUGUCUUGAUGUAGGAUUCUUUUUUAUGAUAUUCCAGUUAACCUUAUUAAACGAUUAAAAUCGCCUAGGAACCCGACCUUUAAAAUGGGCAAUAGACAUUUGAAACCACUUCUAUGCCUUGACAGUUCAGGUUAUUGUAACUGAAGACAACGAGUCGGUUUACUUAAAAUAAACAUCGUUACUUCACAGACUUAAACAAAUCAAACUGACAGAAAUCUAUUAGAGCAAUUUAUUUUGAAAUAAAACGUUGCAAUUUUCUUGGAGCAAAUAUUUCACUUUGAAAUAGUUUUUACUUUAGAAUGAGGUAAACAAAUUUAUUCUUGUUUGAAUAAUUGACAGCAGUUCGUUCUAAGUGAACUAGCACAGGUUAUAUACUGAAAAGCUAACCUGCUGGUUUCAAUUGUGUUUGAUGACAGCUAUUGUUCUCUACGGUAACGAAGGAAGCGGCCAAGGAGAAGCUGAAAGAGAAACGGUAAGUACGAACUUUCCUAACAGUACAAAAACUAGCUUUUGCUUUGAGUUACACGCUUCUGAAUAUUCUGACUGGACAGUCGAACAAUGUACUCUCCAAAUUAGGGAUAUCUCCUCGCGGGCUCUCAAAUACUUGUGAUGUAUUCGCCCCAGCGUAUUCGGCAAACACUGUGUAGAAAGACUAAAACAUUUAACAAGAUCAUGACAAUAUCUUUCACCCGUAAUGGUAGCAAAUGUAGAAAAUUAAUAAAAUUCACUUCUUUUCGUAAAAUAUUUGCAAAUAAAUAGCACUAUACAAAAGUUUGGCCAAAGGGGUUUCGUUUGAAUGGCAACACUAUAGAACUCCCUCCACAGAUUUAAAAAUGUUUGUAACAGGUUAUGUUAAAUAGUCAUAUGGCUUGGUGUAGGAGUGGACUGCAAAACACCCUCGUACCCAGCGUCUUCGUUCUCGUUGACCAGGCCAGCAUGCGGAGGGGGACAUGGGGGUUUACGGUAUUGCGGCGGCAGGACUUUUCCGCGGGUGGCGGGUGGCGGGUUAAAAAUAUAUAUGAAAAUAAAAUAUUAUAACAAAAUAUUAUUAUUGAUAAUGAUAUAACUGUAUGUUGUAAUUUUGAAAUUAUUUCAACGUUUACGUACUAGUUACCAGACUCCAAAUAAAAGUAUUGUCUUGUUUUGUUUUAUCUACUUAAUACGCGGACUAAAAAUGGAAAAAAAAAACGAGAAAUCAUGCGUGUGAAAGAUGAUUUCACUUCACCAACUGUUUAGCCGUGUUUAUAACAGACUGCAAGAGAUUCGGCCUCCCGUGUCGUAGCUCAGUUUUUGCCCUAGUAUGCGGCAUGAUUGCCAUCCUAAUCGGUAUUUUUGAGUAGUAUUUAAAAAAUGCACAUCCUUUUUGUAUAUAUAUACAAGGAGAUCAAUUCGCGUCUGAGACGCCACAUGCGGCGAAAACGGUCCAUGCUGUGUCCAAAACGUUCUUGCUCCUUCUCUGGUACGCGUUAACAUUGACAGCUUUGUUGCUUUAGUCUUAGGAAAAUUUCCUUGUUUUCUCGAAAUAGAUACUUUGUUCAUUUUAAACUACAAGUCGGGAACCAAAUUGACAAAGAUUUAUCCCAAGGGCAAUGCAAUGUUUAUCCCAACUUAUAACAAAAGAACAAACGCACUUGUCAAAAAUCUGAGACACUGUUCAAACAUGUCGAGAAGAGAAUGCGAUCUUACUUGUCUAGUCGCAGGAUAAAUAUUACUUUAAUUUUUAUGAGUUCCUCAAGCUAUCUCGUGCAUGCGAUAUCGUGUAGAAUAAUAGAAUAUCUUGCAGUCUGUUAUAAACACGGCUAAACAGUUGGGGAAGUGCAAUCAUCUUUCGUCUUGAUGUGGAAGAAAAAGCAAACUAGACAAACAAGAUCGACAAGUGCCUUGUGUCUUGCUUGACAUAGUCCGUUUUCAUUUGACACACCGCGUGUAGCCUGACGAAACGUCACUUUUAGCGGUGCGGAGCAAGGAGAGGUGACUGUUUUUUCACAGGCAUGAUUUCUUUUUUUUGAAAUGUCCGCGUAAGUAGAUAAAACAAAACAAGACAAUACUUUUAUUUUUAGAGUCUGGUAGCUAGUACAUAAACGUUGAAAUUAUUUUAAAAUUACAACAUAUAGUUAUAUCAUUAUCAAUAAUAAUAUUUUAUUAUAAUAUUUUAUUUUCAUAUAUAUUUUUUUCUCCGUAACCCGCCACCCGUCACCCAAAGUGACCCCUCUUCAGAUUUAUUCUACCGCCUUGUAUAAUUUGACCCGAGAUGUAGCGUACCCCCUUUUUCUUUAGCUACCCAGUCCCACCAUUCCAUUCCUCAAGCCACCCGCCACCCGCGGAAAAGUCCUGCCGGUAUUGCGGUAUUGGGCUUUUUUUCAUGCGGUAUUUCGGUAAUUUUAAUUUUAACGUGCGGUAUUGCGGUAUCAUCUAGCUCUGCGGUAUGCGAUUUUUCAUCAUUUUGGCUGACGGUAUUCGGUGAAAUAAGAUUGUUCACGAUAUUACGGUACCGUUUAUAUGCGCUUUCCUUUCGAUACAAUACGCAAAACCAAAACACAGUAGGACAUAAAGGUCAAUAAAAGUUAAUAUUUAGAAGUCUUGAGACAUAACGGUAAAUGAUUACACCAUUUGUGGGUCAUUUUGUGACAGUUAAUGGUCAAUAUUAAAGAUACAAUGUGAUUGUUGUUGCAUCCAAUGAUAAUGAGUCGUCUCAAGUUACCUUACCAGGCUUUUCAAUCUGUGUACCUGAUAGCCUGAGUAUCCAGGGGCUAAUUUUUUUUCCCCUUUUCGAGGUCUUACACGUUUUCUCACAAUGGUUGAGGUCGCUGAGGUUGAAGACGGCGUGGUGAUCAUUGACUGUGUGGCAAUUUUUUUAUGAAGAGGGUGAAGGAGGCGAACAUUAUCGCAACAAGAAUAAGUUUAGAUCUUGGGUUUUGAGAAUUGAAAAACGCCUUGUAAAGUUAAAAAAGAAAAUUUGGUAGGUUUGCCUGUUACCGGCGCGGCGUGUGAGACAGUCGAGAUAGUUGACCCCUGAGAGACUGACGUGGUAGACUAGACUCACUUAUCAAAACUUGCACUAGACGUGCGUGGAAAGGGCUUUGGUUGGUUUGUUUUUCGCGCUUUCAAGAGUUAUUUUUAUUGGAGUUAAUUAGCUGUUGGGUCGACCUACCAAAAGGUUGAACGAAUGUAGUUUACUUUCCAGUGAAAAUUUGCGAAAAAUUUGCGAACUCACCAAAAUAUCUAAAAAAAACAUGGACAUCUGGUGCAUAAAUGCCUGAGAUGAUUAAACGAGCUGGAUGGAAGCAACCAUAAGUAUGCGGAACCGGUUAUAAAUGUGGUUUAAAUAUGCGGUAUCGGUAUUUAGACGAUUUUCGACGCGGUAUUUCGGUAUUUGCCAUUUUUUCUUACGGUAUUGCGGUAUUGGGUACCCCCCAAUGUCCCCCUCCAUGCGCAGUAAGGGACGGAGACUUGAGGUACGAAAUUGACCGCAAAACAGCCCGGCCGUAUUUUUGCGCAUGUCAGGAACGCGCGAGCGGUCAAACAAAAAUCCCAGUGCGUGCAAGGGUAAAAACAAAGUUUCAGACUGGCGAGAGACUGGUUAGUGCUGGGCCGCUUUUUAGAUGGGCUUCGAUAGAUUGCGCUAGCAUAAUUUUUAGCAUUAUUCGUCAUAACGAGCAUAAAUUUCACCCAUUUUCCGAAAAAAAACACCGCUAGCAUAAUUUGCACUUUUGGCUAGUUUUGUAGCACAUUAUGCCACUUUUGCGAGCACAAUCUAUCAAAACCUAUUUAUAGAGGUCACACAGUAUUUAGGGACUCACUGAUACCAUAUCCGUUUGAUUCUUUAGCUCAAUGCACUCGCCAACAAUGUUGAAACAGUAACAAGUCUGGUGAAAGCCCAGUCUGAGAUCAUUGAAAACCUUAGCCAUCAAGUCACCAGCGUCACCAAGGGAACUGGGAAUGAGGUUAAAUUCAAGCAGAUCUUCAAAAAGAUUGCUAAUCAAUCAAGCUUAAUACAAAGCAUCACGAAAAAGCUGAACCAAACUAUAAAACAUGUGGAUGAGCUAGCUGGAGUGUGGUCGGAAACAACAGUUACAGUAAGGAAGGAUCUUAAAAGCCUAGCCGAAGAAAAUAAAGAAAACGAAGAAGAAAUAGAAGAAAUGGAGCACGAGGUUAUGGCGAGGAUUAAGAAGCUGGAAAAUGAAGUAAAUACACUACGAGUCUCGGUGAACUACGCAAAGGAACGAAGCGAAGGUAGCAGGGAAGGUGAGUUAAUUAGAAAUAGUUUUUUUAAAAAUUAAGAUCAUAUCCAGGGCUAGUAGAAUUAUAAUUCUUCGGAGUCUUCCAUUUGUAGUCCGUACUUCUCACGUUGAACACUAUGCAGGACUUUCAGGCGGCCCUCAGUAAUUCGUAUCUCUAAAACAAUACGUCUGCAUCAGGACAAGCGGAUACUUGUCGGUGAUUUGUGAGAAAGGUUGAAUGGAACGAAACAAGCGCUGUUGUACCUUAGUCGGUCUGGCCAGAAGUUAUCCACAGUGUCCUUAGCGUAACUGAGUGAUUGCCUGCGUUUUCGUGAACUGGCCAUUUUGAGUGCACGUGUUGUGCACGUGGGACUGGUUUGGUGCUGUCUCGAACUGCACUAUGGUACUGUUUUGGUGACAAAUUAUGACCCAGUUUCCUGUGCAAUUAUAAUUGCCAAUGAAAGAAGGGAUCGCUCCCCCAAAACAAUCCCAUAAUGCUCGUUGACACAGUACCGACCCAAAACGCUCAUCCCCUCGUGUGGCUCAUAACAUUAAGGUCAACCAUUAAUAGCGUCAUCUCCAAUCUGAAAAAAAAAACUGAUGUCAGUCAUGUACCGCUCGAUCAGACGACUGCUUGACCGACUUAUAACUGACUUAGCCGCUUCAGUACCGUCUUUGUGUCAACAACAAUGGAUUAAUUUCUGGGCCUGACAGGAUGACUGCAUUGAAUCUCUCUAAAUUGCAUAGAUGAUGACCGAUAACUUAGCUAAGAAUUAGGCCUAUUCCUAUAAGGAACAAGAAACACGCUGUAAACGACAAUAUAGACUUGCUACAAGUUGACCUCUUGGCCAGCGGAGCGAGCCUUUUUUGGCCGCAAAGCGGCCGACCGCGAGCGACGAAGUCGCGAGAGCGCGCCAUAUGAAACCCGAGGAAGGACUUUUUUGAAAGUCUAACGACAAUAUAAUACGUAGGUUUACAGAAUUGUAUUGUCGACUGUUAGCCUUCUCCUGAUAAUAUCAAUAAUUUAUCAAUCCACUAAAAAAAUUGCCAGUUUUGGGCCGGUGAAGAGAUUUUAUGUAGCGACAUUUUACGGUUGAAUAUGUUUUUGUUCAAUGUUAUUUUAAACAUAUUUAAUAAAAUUAUUUUCUUUUGUAGUUGGAUAGGGUAAUUUAUGAUAACGAGUUUAAAGCCAAGAAAAUGAAAUUUAUACUAAGGAUAAAAUAAAAUUAUAAGGAAAUACACUUUAAAGUUUAACGCAUUUAUAUGUAUGCGUUUCCGCAGAGUGGCCAGAUGGGAGCUUCUGCAUCUUGGCCAAUGGCCGCUGUCCAGUUGGUUUUAAGCGUCAUGAGGGACAUCUUAAAUCUCUGUACCUCUACUCCUCACAUUCACAGUUCGUAAACGAUGCCAAAUUUGGAAGCAGUUCUAUCGGUUGUUAUGGAAGCUAUUGUGGAGAAUACGGAAAUUUUAUUGGUUCUCUUACUUUAGUCACGUGCUGCAAGUAGGCUUCCAUACUUCACAUGAGCCGAAUCGAAUUGUGAAGUACGGCGUCUGAGUCAAUUAGAAACUGCUAAGUGUAUUUGGAUUGGUUCAGCCGUUCUUGACGCCUGGCUGUAUGCUGACGUCCGUGCUUACUGUUCACAUGUUAAAAAUGUAUUGUAAAGAGGGCACGUCUGUUGUCCUCUCAUCCACGACUCUUCAUUCAUUCAUUCAACCGGGAAUAACGUCUGUGAGCCGAACUGCAUGCAUAUUUUUUAUAACGUAUUAAACCGAAAGGCACAUUUCUUUCCUUUGGAAUUUAGUUCGAGUGGAAUAAGAACAAAGAUCGGCGUCUGAAUCAAUUCAGACUGCCUAAAUUAAUUUGAGUCGGCCUAAACUCGAAUUCGAUUCGGCGAUGUGAAGUACGGCGUCGGAACCCGGUAGGAGUACGCGUCGCUCUUUGUUUCAGCGUAAUCUGUUAUCCGGCUAUAGUCUUACGUACUGUCAGUAACACUAGUAGUAAGUUAGAAGUGCGUCCGUCAGGAAAGGGCAGUGGGAUACAUGAUAAUUCAAACGAGAGAGAUGUAUGUGAGAAAGAUGUUUAUUAGGCCAGUGACACAGGCGGCUCGGAAAAACAUCCGAGUACUCAUAAUAGGAGAUAUGGCUUAGUACCAGUGCUUCAAAGCUAUAAGGUUAUUACUUUCACUACUGAUUCAGUGUUUAAACUCAGAUAUUAUCACUGUGAUGUUGAUAACAAAAUCUAUUUGAACGUGUACUAAAAACUUCUAAGUGUUUGAAUAAAUACUGUCGGCGCCAUUUGUUAACAUAAUUUCACCCGGGCGCGAAAAGAGUUCUCAAUGAAAAGAAGCUCAUUAUUGAGUAUUUGUAAGGAAUUUUAUGUUGACAAAUUAUCAUAUGCACCCUUGCCCAAGUUUUAUAAGGCCAGUUGGAAAAACCAGGACUGAACUCUGGUCUGGACUCUGGACUGGACUGGACCGUCCUUUUUUUUACGGGGAUAAUUUUUUUGUUUUUGUUUUUGUUUUGUUUUGUCUUUUUGGGGAGGGGGGGGGAGCGAGGAGGGGGUUCUGGACUGGAUAGGACUAGUUCUCCAAACAGAGAAAGCACGUACUAUGCUUUCAUAGUCUGUAAUCGCCAAACAAAAAAUUACCACUUUUGUCCAUUUGUCAUGUUAUAACUAAAGGAUUUUAUUAUAUGGCCUGUUCCGCGAGCGAGCAAGACGAAACGGAUUCCAUGUCCUGCAUGGGAACCCAAACGGGCACGGGAUUUCCCGCUUUGUUCCCGCAAUUUCUCUUGAUCAUUUCAUCAAAAAUCCUUUAUUGACCCAGCAUAUUCAGUCAAAAUGGCUGGAUAUUGGCAAAAACAAAGGAACAUGGUCAAUAUCCAAAAAGCCGGGUCAUUAGAUACGAGUUAAAAAUUUAUGAGCACGAAAAAGCUUCUCGCGCACGUGAGAAAAAAACCUGUGGUACUAAACCUUCAAUGUCUCUUUUCUUUGUUCAACGAAAACGGCCCAGAAGAAUGUACAGCGUAAAGGCACCGUGUGCUUGAAAAAACUUUGUUAUGAAAUCUAAUCUUCCAUUUGCCCCUUGCUGUCUCUUAGGAAAUUAUUUAAAAUUCAAAGCUCCACGGUUUUCAUGAAAUGUUCCUAAAGAAUCUUAAUCAGCGUUGUGAAUUUGCAGCUUUUACUGUAGUAGUUGUGUAAACUUUUAGCCACUCGUAAAGCAAAUAAAGACAAGUGAUUCUAAACAAAGAGUAGUGAGGCCUACUAGUCUAGCAAACGAAACAGGUUACGUUUCUUCCUUUUUGUUUGAAGAAUAUAAAAUUGUUUGAUCUCGAAUCGGGAUUCAAUUAGCAAAUGGCGGUUCCCUCAAGGCUGUCAGAACGUGGUCAUAGAAUCAAUAAGACAGUGUAAGGAAUUUCUGAUAUCAAAUUUUCUUCUUCAGUUUUGGUGUGGAUUACAGGAGCUUAAAAACUUGAUACUGAGACGAGUUCUUGGAAGCUGUUUGAGUUAAUCAUUAAGAGUAGUUGUAUCAUAUAUUUUUGAAGGGUUAAUUUAUGUUGCUCCGAAGGAUUCUUUGCCGGUUCAGCUUUCGACCAAUUUUCAUUGUCCUGUUUGCUCUGUCGUUGGGCGGUGUAUUCAUUCUUAGGGAAGAUGACGAUUCCGUUCGCGUGAGACAAAAAUACGAUGAAAAUUUUAAAGAUUUUGAAGCACCUCGAAAACCCGACAAAGAAGAACAUUUGGAUGUGGGCCGGGAAAGCAAAAAGAAAAGAGAAAACCUAAUUAUUGUGACACACGGCCGUUCAGGGUCCACUUUCAUUGGAAACAUCUUUAAUCACCAUCCAAACGUGUUUUAUUUGUUCGAGCCUUAUCAAACGGUGGAGCGACUUCAUGGAGCAGUAGCAACUGGCGAUCGAGAUUAUCAGGGGAAAGCCUUUGAAUGGAUGAAAGGAAUACUUCAAUGCGAUUUCGUGUCUACUAAACACGUGCAAGAUCUGGAAAGAUAUUACCGGAGAAGGUACAGAAAGAACUACAAUCCUAUAAAAAGUAUCUCGCUUCUUUCGCCACCGUUCUGCCCUUACAACACGACGCAUUCAUCAUGGUCUGCUGAAAGCUGUCCACCAAUGGAUAAAGAAACCUUGGAAGCGACUUGUAAAUCUAAAUACAACAUAACAGUGCUAAAGCCGCUGAUAGGCAGGAUGCCUAACGAAAACGUAAAGCAGUUGCUGUCAGUUUGUGACAAUGACCGGAUAAACUGCAAGUUUCUCUUCCUGGUUCGCGAUCCACGUGGCAUAAUUCCCUCUUCGAAGGCCUUUGGAUUUUUUAAAGACGACGACGAUUCCCUGCUCGGGACACAUGAGUGGUCUAAAAAAAUAUGCAGCGCGACAGAAAUCAAUUUGAAUUUGUUUCGAUCUAUGUCCUCAGAUGAAAAAAAGCGUUUUAUGUUGUUACGUUAUGAAGAUCUGGCAAAAGAUCCGCUUAAGACUUUGCCAAGUUUAUUGAAAUUUGCCGGGCUCCCCGACGACAAAAAUUUGAGAAAAUGGCUGGAUCUCGCUUCUCAUCGUCCUGAAACUGAGAGUGAAAGAAAAGCUGCAGCCUGGCGACAGGACUCAUGGGAAGGAGCGGAAAGAUGGCGCUGGCUAGUUGAGUCUGACGUCAUCAGUGUCAUUGAAAAAUAUUGCAGUCACGUGAUGAGUGUGCUAGGCUACAAAGCCGUUGGUGGGUCGCACUAUUUACAGACAAAUCUGGCGGUUAAGUUGUUAGAGGACAGUUAUGAAGCUCUGCGGUGGUUUUGA